CUAUGCUUAAUAUACAGGCAUACAGCCUGCUAUAGCAGUUAAGCAUAUUAUUAAAGUCUAUGGUAAUAUGUAAUAGGUAUGGUACAAACUAGACAUAAACAUUAUAGAAUGUUCAUGAAACUAAAUUUGAACUUGUUAGAUUAAAAAUUUAAAAUCUUGUCAAAUUUUGGAUACAAAAUUUCUGGAACAUCAUGGCUGAAUGCAACGACUACAAUUAUAAAUUUUGGAUGUUAGCCUUUGAAUUUUUUAAAAAAGACGUUAAAAAACCCGAGGACAAUUUGAUUAUAUUAGUUCAUUGGUUGUUGUUGAAAAACGAUUUUCAAGUACUUGGACUUGGUUGUAAGAAUACAAUUGAUGAAAAUGCGCAACCGUCUGAUAUUUUACCUACAAAUUGGUCUCAAAAUGAGACUUACAAGUUACAGUACAUGUAUGACAAAGAAUUGAUUUUGUUGAAUGCUGCCAAUGCUGGUGAUAGCCUUCUGUUGAAUUUAUAUAAUGUAAAAACAAAACAUGUGUCAUGCAGUACUAUUGGAAAUAUUAAUUCUGCAGUGCAAUGGAUCACUGACCUAGUAAACAAUAAAGAUAAAGUCUAUGAAAUUAUUCAUUUGUUAGAAAAUCAACUAAUUGGUCCUAUGAAAAAAGAAAACGAGAAGAAGAUUAAUGUCAGCACUCAGACCAAUGAUGAAUCAAAGAAUUCUCUCUUGUUAGAGUCACGACCCGUUGAUGUUCGGAGAUAUCAGGAAAUAAAUGACAAUCCAUUAAAUGUAUUUCCAUCAUAUGGCAUGUCAGAUUUAAAUCCGUUAGGUGGUUUACGUGAUUUUGGUGAAGGUAUGCUUUUUAAUCCAAACAUGAGGAGAAGAGGACAAAACGCUUUUCCAGGGGUUCCUCCGAUGGCACGUUUUGAUCCAAUGCGUCCUCGCAAUCCAGAUCCAAUGAGGCCUGACAUUUUAAGACCUGAUCCAGAUCACAUGAUUUCACCAGAUUUUGAUGAUAAUAUGUACAUGUAAAAUAACAAUUUUAAAAACUAUUCCAUUUAUCUAUAAAUAUUACUUAAACUUUAAAAUUAAUAAAUGAAAAAACCAAAGGUAUUUAGAGGUAUUAUUGACUUUUCACUGAAUUGAUUAUAGAAUUGUAUAAUUUUUGUAUACCUAAAUAAAUCAAUUAUUUAUUUUAUUACAAGAA